AUCAGUAGAAAUCCUGCGGACUGCUGACUGUCCCGUCGUCAUGCACUGCCUAUGAACGCUGACUGUUAUCCUGCUUUACAUUUCGUCCCAUCCCAUGCCGCCGCUGCUCAGCCGGAGCUCAGGACCUCCACUCUGCCUUCCUCCAUAUUACAUAAGUUACAGCGAGUGAACACUGUGCGCCAUGUGGGACCCUUUCACAUCCAGUGUGCACAGUCAUUCCUGCCUGGAACCUGCCACGGUCAAAGAUCAGGCUGCUUUCCUGCUGCAUGUUGACCUUUGAACCCCAGCGAGGGAGCCCAAGAUGUCAGUGCUGUAGUUCACUCCUGUAUGUUUGCAGUGCUUGGCUGCUCAACGUGCUGCGUGUGUUUUUCUCAGAGACUGGCUACUGUGUCACUGGGGUCGAAGUCAGGAGAAGGAAAUGUCUUUUUCACAGACCUCUUGGAAAGCUGCAGAUGUUUUUAAAGGGCUGAUCGAUGAACUAAAUCAGUCAUAAGGUUUCCAGUCUCGCUGUUAUAGAUUUCUUAUUAGUUCGGAGGAAAGGUCUGUCUUUGAAGCGCACCUGAAUAUCGGUCGUAUUACAGAUGCCUCCCUGAGGUGCUCUGAACUGAAGGAAGCGUAUGUGGGCAAAGGGGGAAAACAACUGGGCUUUGAAUUAUGUGUUUCCACACUGUUCACUCAGUCCUCUAUCACUUAGGAACAUGUAUAUGUGCCACAAUGAUUGCUACUGUUUUCAAUAGCUUUAUCUGUAUUAUGUUUCUGUCAGCUGUGGCAGUUCACUGCCUCACCUUUUAUCAGAACAAUGGGCAAGUGAGCAAGGUCCAUUAGCAUUUGGAGGGGCGUGGGAGAAAGGCGUGCAUGGCUUUAAACAGAAAAUGAGCGCGUUCAAAUCACCUUCGCGCUACCUGACUUCCAUGGGACGGUCCCGCAGAAGGCAACAGCGACAUAUAUUUAUUUCUGCAUCAUAUAUGAAGCUGUCGCACCCACCACAAGAAAUAAAUAACCUCGGAUGAAACUAGGAUUACAUAUUUUACAGUGACAAAGACAGCAAGUGUGGAACAAAAAAAAAAAAAAGGCGAGAAAAAUCACAGUGCUAUUUUAAGCAGCAGCAUUAUUGCUCUUACUGAAAGCACAACGAGGGAGAGAGAGAAAGGAGCACCCGCCUGCACAGGAGCUGCAACUGUGCGCGCUUUUCCUCACAAGAUUGUUUAUUUGCUUUGUUAAAACCUGCUUUGUUAGAUUAAGAAAACGCAGACUGCCGAAGAUAAGGCGCCCUCUUGGAUAAAUCGGAGCGCACGGGAAGGAUGCUGCUCUCACCAGGAGCAGGUGUAUUCAGCCAAGUGGAGGCGCAGGGCACAGAGCAGGAGCGACGCACAACAGCCUCCAGACCACAACACCUGCUCCAAAGGAAACAUUAGACAUGCUGCUGCUUAACGCGCCUCUUCCCUUGAAAAAAAACAACUGGAUUUUUCCCUGCAACUUCCACGCGAUAACCAGGAGAGUGUGGGCACCGUGGAACUGAUGGACGCACAGCACAUUUGGAAAAUACUGUAGCCUAGUGUCACACACACAGUAAAAAAAAAAAAAAAAAAAAUCAAGGAGUGCUGUGUUGGCUCCUCAUAGCGCUGCUUCAUUGAAAUCAAUCUUGUUCUUAUCAAGGACAUAAUCAUCUGCGAGGAUGCCCGGAGCACUUUUCUCAGCAGAGUCGCUCUACAUAGGGAUGGAGGUGGUGAUUGCACUCGCGUCUGUGAUCGGGAAUGUGAUGGUGGUUUGGGCGGUGAAAAUUAAUAAAUCGUUGCGAGACACCACGUUUUGUUUCAUCGUCUCCCUGGCUCUGGCGGAUAUUGCUGUAGGAGCCCUCGUCAUCCCUUUGGCCAUUACUAUCAGCAUCGGACUUCAAACUCACUUUUACAGCUGCCUGCUCGUGGCGUGCACGGUGCUGGUGCUGACUCAAAGUUCAAUCCUGGCCCUCCUGGCUAUUGCAAUUGACCGCUAUCUCAGGGUCAAGAUCCCGACCAGGUACAAGCGGGUGGUGACCCCUCGGCGAGCGGCGCUGGCAGUGGUGAUAUGCUGGACGGUGGCUUUCAUCGUGGGACUCACGCCCAUGUUAGGCUGGAACAACCUGGGGCGCCUCCAGCAGAACGGCUCCAUCAGCUCUGACCUCAUCAUCACCUGCCGGUUCGAAAACGUCAUCAGCAUGGACUACAUGGUGUAUUUCAACUUUUUCGGCUGGGUGCUGCCGCCCCUGCUUCUCAUGCUGGUUAUCUAUGCAGAGAUCUUCUACAUGAUUCACAAGCAACUUAACAAUAAGAAGAUCACCACCAGUCACACGGACCCCAACAAGUACUAUGACAAGGAGCUGAAUCUUGCUAAAUCUCUGGCUCUGGUCCUUUUUCUCUUUGCUAGCAGCUGGCUCCCCCUUCACAUCAUCAACUGCAUCACACUCUUCUGCCCUGAGUGCAAGACGCCCAUAGUCCUCCUCUAUAUCGCCAUCCUGCUCACCCACGGCAACUCCGCUGUCAACCCAAUUGUCUACGCUUUCCGCAUUAAGAAGUUCCGCACAGCCUUCCGGAAAAUCUGGCAGCAGUACUUCUGCUGUAAGGACACACCAGCUCUGGAGAUUCAGCCCAGCGACAGGAAAGAGAUGCCCAAUCCAGAGCCACAGCCGGCGCCACCGCCGCCGCAGCUCACUCAGACGGAAAUCCUGAAAUCUGAUCCACCACAACAGCAGCCACCUCCACCUGAGCAGCAGCAGCAGGACCAGAGGUCCGAACCGCUGCAGCAACCUAAAGAGCAUCCGCCCUUACUGGAGCAGAACGCAGUCUAAGCCAAGGGAUGGAGCUGUUUGCUGGCUGGGAAAGUAACGAUCAGUGCACAAGCAUUGGCCCUCUCCUCAUUUGAAUGUAGUCUAAUGAGGAGUAUGAGGUGCUAUGAUGCUGUAGUGACUGAAGCAGGUUGGAUAAUAAAUACUGGAAGCUCAUUUAUCUUAACUCAGGAGGAGUGGAUUUACUAGUGGUUUGGUCAGAGAAUAAAAAAAGGAAAGAUGGGUACCUGUAAACUUGCAAUAAUGGGAGUCGUUUUGACGGAGACUGUGUCUAUCUUAGUAACGGACCGAAGACUUUAAGCUUUAACAGUUUUGUUCAUUAUGGUGAAACAGUUGGUGUGAACAUUACAAAAUGUGCAAUAUAAGUUAUUGUGAUUGGUCAGUAUCAGAUUAUCAAAUGUUAAAACUUGCUAUGAACAUUUAUACGUUCAAUACAGCAGGUUCAUCUUACUACUGUAAUACCGUGUGUAUGUUUAAACUGACAGUGGCUGAAGAACAUGAAUGUAAUAAUGAUGUAAAUAAGAGACUAUUGCAGCACAGCUGUGAACGCUCAUCUCUUCUUCAGGGUCUUAAUCGCACAACGGUUGAAGAGCAAGUAGCACUACGGGAGAGAUUUUUGCAGCGAGGAAGUGUGUAUGUGCUGAUAGAAGGGUUUUGUAAUCCUUUAACUCUUCCCUGCUGGAGCUGAGUCCCUCUGUGAUCCAACAGCACUGCUCCAUUGCAGAGGAGACGGACAGGGAUAAGAAACAAGCAGCUGGAGGAAAUGGGAGGUUUUAACCUUUUAGAAGCUGCGUGCAGGAGACUCGUGUCUGCAGGACGAAAGCAACUCAUGGGGGAGAAAGACAAGAUGCACUUAAAGCUCAUGUUUAUCCAGCCUCCAUACCAGCUGGUGGCAAGAGUGGGUUUUGCUUUUUUUUUUCCCUACAUGGACUGUUAAUAAUUUCAUCACGACUUACCACUAGAGUCCGUGGCUUCCAUGGCCUUAUUCAGUAUUUCAAUUGGUACGGACUUGACUAGAAUAGACAACCUGAAGAUUGUGAGUAUCUUUAUUACACUGUAAACUCAACAUUUUACAUACUGCCAAACUUGGGCAUCUAUAGAUUAGUAAUUCAAUUCUGUUCAGUGCCACUGUCAUAAAAACACUGUAAGAGAAUGUAAAGUUAUUUUGUUCUGUCUCUUGUGAAGACUCAGAGCUCUGGCCAGUUCACUGAUGUUCUCCUAACUGGGUGACAAUCUUAUGUAAGGUUUCGACAUUUUCUCUUUGUCUUGACAAACAUGUUUCUGACGGGAACAAGGGGGGAACCUUUUGAUGCUUGGAUGGCUGAAGUGACAGUGUCAACUGAAACCUUAAUGCAAUCCACGCCACCUGUAUCUUGCUUUGUGUAUAGGUCAGGUGGAAUGUACAUAACACACAUUUGAGGAAAAAAAAGUGGAUGAAUAAAUGUGUAAUGAUUAUGUGCUGUAAUGCUAUUUAUAGGUUUACAAUUUUGAUUCCAGUAGAAGAGUGGAAUAUACAUAUUUCUGAUAU